AAUACACACAGCAACGAAACUGUUUACAAAUGGAGGAUUUCGCCAUACUGUAUCUCGCACUUCUUGAAAGCUGACAACAAACAAAAGGACAAAAAGGUCGUUGCGUGGUUCGAUGUCAUAAACAGUGCUAUAUCUGACAUUAACUAAAUCAAAAUGAAGUCCUUAUGUUUAGUUAUUUUAGUGUUUUGUAUGAUUUUCAAUGCUGAUUGUGAUCAAGCAACUGAAAGAGACUCCUAUGCAGUGGAAAUUAUCUUCUAUCGCCUUACAACUGCUACGUGGACAGCACAAAGCAUGGAGACAACAUUUGCUGGAACAGUAGCUGCUGCGGCCAAUACAUACUGUGAAUCAAAUGUAGCAGCAUGUGGUUUAACAACGUGCUGCACCUCAGUUUCUAUCAGCUUUAAGGAGACAGAAGUUGGGAAAGUCAGUGGUUACCCACAGAAAGACUUGAAAAAUCUGAAACACAAAUUUUACCUUGAUUUUCCUACUGGUGCUACUGCUUCAAAUUCAUCUGUAACACAAUAUGUUGUUGUGAAUUCAGCUGUGUAUGAAAUCCUACGACUUGCACGGGAAACUUUCCACACCCAGACUGGUUAUUGGAUCACAUGGGCAGAUGAAACAUACUAUGGUAUCCCAGCAGCAACCAAGGAGAACCAAAUCAUCAUUCCUAUAGCAGUUGUUGUUUUGUUAGCCGUCAUAUUUUUAGCAAUUGGACUUCAUUUCUGGAAUAAGAAAAAACAAAAUCAAGCCCGCCUAAGGAAGAGAAUUGAUGACAGGAAAGCAAUGAAGAAAAAUCAAGCAAUGGUGCAGCCUACAUAUCGAGUGGAUCCUGAUAUUAAAGACAUUGAUGAUGAUCACACAGAGAAGACCCAGAAAGAUUCCUCCAAAAAACCUAGGAAAGAGAAGAUGUACACUGACAACUAUCCAGUGAAACAAACAGAGGAGACGAACAAAAAGCACUUUGGUGGGGCUAGUGACACUGACUCCGCCAUUAAAAUGGACCACGAACCCGAUUUUAUGGACUCUCAAACAAACAACAAGAACCUACCUCCUCUUGACGUACAGGAAGAAAGUGAGAGAAAAAAGAAGAAAAAGAAGAAGGACAAGAAGAAGAAGCACCACGGAGAUGGUUACGACAAUCAGUCAGCCAACCUUUCCACAGAACUCUAAACUGAUGAGUUUACCUACUAUAUCUACAACAGUUUUAGUCAACUAUUUGGGAGUAUUGACUUCUAUACUCACGUAUCAUAUGUUUCCAUUCAAAAUUAAGCAAAAAAAGAGAUUCCACUGAAUUGAUAUUUUCAUUCUAUUUAAGUGUUAUUCGUAUUCAUUUUGUAAAUUAGUGUGAAAAAUAUUUUUAAAAAUAGUAGGUGUUUUGGAAAGUUAAAAGUUGGGAAGUCAACAGUUGUUAAGAAUCAUGUUCAUUGUUCAGAAUGACCUACAAGAAUUCAGAAUCAAAAAAUAAUUAUUGGCAUUUUAAGGUAUUAACCUUUCAUAUUUUUAUUCAUAUCCUGCUUUGAGGCCAUCUGAUAUGGAAAUCUAUUGUCUCUGUGUUUGUAUUUACAAGCACAUGUAUAGAGUUCUCAGCUGAUACUUUUCACCCAAGUUCUAUUAAGAUUGCUGGUGAAUGUUUAGUUUUGCUAAGAAUGUUAUUAAAUGUAUAUUUUUAUAAAAACUGGAUCACUUUAUGGGAAAUUAUCAAUUUAGAAACAUGUUGGAUAUAUUUUUUAAUCAAGUUGAAUGUAUAGCUGAGGAUUGCCUAGCAUGUUGUGAAUGUUUCGUAGUCUCUAGUCAGUAAUUUUAUUUACAAAUGAACUUUAAUAUCUCAAACAUUGAUAUCCAUGGGUACGUCGAAGUGAAUUGGGAGCUUCAAAAAAUUAUGUUAUUUAACCUCAAUAUUUCAAAUACUCGGAUAUAACUUUUUUUUCUUUCUUGGCCCAAUGAGUUCUAGAUAAUGAAGUUUUACUCUGUUGCAGAAUUCAGAGGUAAUUCUCCCAAAUUAAGUAUAUUUCUUGUGUGUAUGACAUUUUAAAUUGUGCAUUAAAUACACUUUAUAUGUUUACUUUUAUUGCAUAAUAUAUAUUUUUUUCUUCAGAUAUUGUCUAUUUUGUUUGAUUUUUUUUUUACAAAAAUGCAUU